AUGAGGCGUAGGGAUUUGGAAUUUGUUGUUGGUGACAAGGUUUUCUUAAAAGUGUCACCUAUGAAGGGGGUAAUAUGUUUUGGCAAAAAGGGGAAGCUUAUUCCUCACUAUAUUGGUCCUUAUGAGAUUACAAAAAGGGUUGGGAAGGUAGCUUACGAGUUGAGAUUACCGGCUGAGAUGUCCAUGGUUCAUCUGGUGUUUCACAUUUUGAUGCUGAGAUUGUACAAACCUGAUCCUUCCCAUGUAUUAAACCAUGAAGAUAUUGAAAUUGAUGAAGCCCUGUCUUAUGAAGAAGAACCAGUUCAAAUUUUAGAUCGUCAAGUUAGAAGUUGA